CAGUAGCAUUUGAACAAUGAGCAGUAAUAUGAUCUUUAAUAAGCUCCGUCUGAAGGGCUUGCUGUGCAACGCUGUGAUCAGAGUCGAUAGCGUUGAGUUUAAAGUCCACAGGAUCGUCCUCUGUAACUGCAGCCCAUACUUCAGACGUCUCUUCUGCGGUAAAUCAUCGAUAUCAGAGCAGCAGGUCUACAGCUUCCCCCAGGUGUCCCCCAAUAUCAUGAGCCUCAUUGUCGAAUACGCCUACACCGGUUCUGUUGUGGUGACGGAAGAGAACGCGCUGGAGCUAUUGGCGGGAGCAGACCACUUCGCCGUCAAGGGCGUCACGCAGGCAUGCUGCGUCUUCCUGGCGCAGCAUUUUAGUUUCAAAAACUGUAUCGACAUCUGGAUGAUGGCGGACUUUCACAGAUGUCCGGAUCUGAGGCUGAAGGCCUGCCUCUACAUCCUGCGUCACUUUGAGGAGGUCGCAAUAUUCUCGGUGACGUUCCUGCGGCUCUCUGUGCAGCAGCUGGCGGGUUUACUUGAGGAGGACGAGCUCAGUGUGAGGCAGGAGAGCGCCGUGUUUGAGGCCGUCCUCCGUUGGAUCGACCACGCUCCUGGGGAACGCCAGGGUCACUUGGCCACGUUGCUGAGCAAGGUGCGCCUGCUGUUAAUGCCCGGUCAGUACUUGAUUGACACUGUGAGCACGAACGCUCUGGUGUUGGCGAGUUGUCCGUGCAUGGCCAUGUUGAUCCAGGCCAUGAACACCCUGCGUGAAUCCAAUAUGGAGAGACCUCUGACCCGCCCACGCCAGCCCUCUGCUGUGCUAUUGGCAAUCGGCGGUUGGGAGAAUAAUUUCCCAACAGACAGGAUUGACUCAUACGACGUUCGAGCUGACUGCUGGGAGAGAGCGAACAACAUGGAGGAUCCUCGAGCGUUCCACGAUUGCGUCUUCCUCGGUGGAUUUCUCUACUGUGUCGGAGGCUAUGAUGGUGUUAGACAUUUAAGGACUGUACAUAAGCUCAACCUCGCCACCCAAACCUGGCAAGAGGUGCAGUCAAUGACCGUACCCCGAAGCCGUGUCAGCGUGGUCGCGCUGAACGGCUGCAUAUAUGCCAUGGGAGGCUGCAAUGGAGUCCGCAAACACAGAACUGCAGAGCGGUACCAGCCUGACGCCAACCAGUGGGAUCUGAUCGCACCAAUGCGCGAGCGCAGGAGCGACGCCGUCACCGCGAUGCUACACGGCAAGGUGUACGUUUGCGGUGGUUUGAACCCGAAUGGACCUCUGUCGACUGCUGAGUGCUACAACCCUCAGAGCCACCUUUGGAAUUUGAUCGCCCCCAUGGAAAUGGGGUUUUAUGCUGCGGGGGGCGUCGCCUACAAAGACAAAAUCUAUGUAGUUGGCGGCUACAGAGGCGGCUCACCUACGUCCAGAGUCCUCGCCUAUGACCCUCUAUCAAACCAGUGGAGCGCGGUGAAUCCCAUGAUUAACCCUCGCUUCAGCUUUGGCAUCGCGGUGUUGGAGGACCGGCUGUAUGUGGCUGGAGGGUUCAACAACGGCAACACCAUCUGUAACGUGGAGCGCUACGACGAGAACACCAACAGUUGGCAGACAGUCCGGGACAUGGAGACGCUUCGCGCCGGCUUCAGCCUCUGUGUGGUGGAGCGAAACGCUUACGCUGCUGCCUGACUGUCAUGAUUCCCUCGAUGUCUAUGAACUGGUGGAUUUAUGGUGUAUCUUCCACAUGUUUUGCCAAUUUUCAUUUGAAAUUUCAUUAAUAAGUUGCCAAUCUUUUCCUGCAAUAUGU